ACGAUAACGUGCAUACGACCGAUUGCCGGGCCAGUGAAUCGUUCGUUUCUACGCAUAGCUGUUUUUCCAAUCUAUUUUUUUUUUUUCUUUUCUUUUCACACGCGCGACAACCACAUCAGGCUUAUGAGUCCGGAGGUGGAUGUGAAUCGUAAUAGAUAUUCCGUUUCGCUGAAAUAACAGAGACGCGUGUCAUGUUUGCGUCGUGAAUUGUGCAUGAAGAAUCGUACACUUGAUUGCCGCAUCGAUUGUAGUCGACAGCAGAACGUGGGAAAUAUUAAUUGCCUAUAGUGGAACAUUUCGAUUAUAUGACAGACCAGAGAACAGAUUUCCUCUCACGAUCAGUGAUGGAACACUGUUUGAUCAAGGAUUAUCGUUCGCCGAUCUUUCGAUCUCUUCUGGAUAAGAAAACCUCAACCACUUGAAAUCCAUUCAACAUUGCUGGUUCAUUUUAACGACUCGUGAACGUUUGACGACGUGGUGAAUUUUGAAGUGCUGUUAAGGGAUACGAAGGAGGGAAUUUUGUUCGGGGGUUUCGAAAUUUCCAAAUUGGAGAUGUCGACGCCGGUAUAUCGCGGUCAAUGGAACGUUCAGGCGUCAGAUAUCGCGAGAAGAACGCACAACCCCAUAAGAUCCAUCGUGGAAUGUCUCGUGGUCGAGCCUAAUCCUGCCAAGUCUAUGAUCUCGUUAUCCAUCGGUGAUCCAACUACUUUUGGAAAUUUAAAACCACCCAAAGAAGUACUUGAUGCUGUUCAACAAAGUCUCGUUUCUCAAUUGUAUAAUGGAUACGCACCUAGUACAGGUCACCAAAGCGCCAGGGAAGCUGUAGCGGAAUAUAGUUCCAGCGAAUUCGUAAAAGUGGAUGCUAAGGAUGUAAUUUUAUGCAGCGGAUGCUCCUGCGCUCUCGACCUCUGUAUAACAGCGUUAGCACGAAGGGGGCAAAAUAUUCUGAUACCGCGACCCGGUUUCUCGAUCUAUCGAACACUUGCAGAAGGUCUUGGUAUCAACGUAAAAUCCUAUGAGUUACGCCCUGAACUCGGCUGGGAGAUCGAUCUGGACAACUUGGAAUCACAGAUCGACGAAUUUACCGCGGCGAUCAUUAUAAACAAUCCUUCGAACCCGUGCGGUUCCGUAUUUAGCAAGGAUCACACACUCGACAUUCUCGACGUGGCCGCUCGUUACUACAUACCAAUUAUUGCCGAUGAAAUUUACGAGCAUAUGGUGUUCCCAGGACGGACUUUCCAUUCGUUAGCAUCUUUGUCGAAGGAAGUUCCUAUUUUGUCAUGUAGCGGCCUGACGAAGAGAUUUUUAGUGCCCGGCUGGCGUAUGGGCUGGAUAAUCAUUCACGAUCGUCAAAACGUGCUGGAGAAGGAGAUAAGGAAAGCGCUUCAUUGUCUAAGUCAGAGAAUUAUCGGCAGCAACACGCUUAUUCAAGGUGCUUUGCCUACUAUUCUGAAGAACACGCCACAGGAAUUUUACGAUAGCGUCGUUAGUAUGUUGCAUGAUCACUCGAAAACGGCGUAUAACUGUGUGACGAAGAUCUCAGGCUUGAAACCAAUAAUGCCCGACGGAGCAAUGUACAUGAUGGUUUACAUAGAUCUACCUUGUUUUCCGGAAUUUAAUUCCGACCUCGAAUUCGUGCAACGAUUGCUAAUGGAGGAGUCUGUGUUUUGCCUUCCUGGCCAGUGCUUCGAUUAUCCGUCGUACAUGAGGCUGGUCAUCACGGUGCCCAUAGAUAUGUUGGAGGAGGCCUGUCGGAGAAUACAGGAAUUCUGCGAGAGGCAUCACUACAAAACAGCCGAAGAUACGCAAAGAAGCAACUUAAUUGCUGCGGAAAUUCCAUAUUAAAGAGUAUACGUGAUUUAGUUAAUUUCGUUGCCUUAUUAUUUAUAUUACGUUGCGUUGGUGCAUAGGUAUAAACUGAAAUGUCAUCCUUUUCAAAUAAUAUUUUCAUUGCGCGCAGUUUCCUUGAAACAUGAUGCGUUUAAUAGAAAUAUAAUAAUUUCCAUAUGAUUCGAUACAUUUUUCCAAUAAAUAUCUGGAUUUUGCCAUCUCAGAUCGUCAGCAAACCUAAGUAUUUUAUAAGUAUUAUAUCAAAUUGUUAAGUAAUACUUAUAAGUAUAGAUGAUAGCUUAUUUUUCGAUGUCUAAUACAUAAUUUCCAAUAUAAUUUAAUAUAAUUUUAAGCUUUUAUAGGUAUAGAAAAUAAAUUAAACGUUGUAAAAAUUCUUUAUAAAAUAUCGAAUUUAUUUGUAUAAGUAUACUGCUAUUUAUACUGUAUAAUAAUACAUCGACGUAACAAAAUUUCGUGAACGAUGUUACUUUAAAAUAAAAAUAGUUAAGAAAUA